UUUCAGGAUCAAUGUUUGUUAGUACUUCAAAUAAUGUAUCUUCAGGUACCUUCUUCUGAAACCAUUGUAUUGCAAAACACUCUUCUAUUGCAUCUGUGUGAUGCAAUCUUCUUAAAUGAUUGAAUUGAGCUGGACUUAGGUCCAUAUUCCCUUCACCUUGCAAAGUAAUGAAUUGACCAUUCUGGAAGAACUUCAGUGUCAGUGUUGCAUAGUCAGUAACACGUGGACCAAGUGUUGCUAGCCAAGUCGAUCCUAAAAUCACAUUUGCACCAGAGAAUUGUAACAGAUGCAUAUCAAUAUUGACUUCUUGACCUUGGAUCUGCAAUGGUCAUUGUUGAAUCAGGCCUUCUGCACUUAUAGUUGUAGGCUAAGGUAACAACUUUGCUUACCGUUAUAGGUUCCAUCGCUUUCACAUCUCUACUAUUAUCAUCUUGUUAUUCACUGAGAAAACAAUCUAUAAUAAUCAAAGAACUGAUAUGCCUUAAAUAUCCAAUCCAUUAGGUUUUUCUCAUCAAAUCUAUGAAAAUAAAGUUUGACAUGUCUCACUUGAAAUGGAGUAUUCGGUGGUUCACUCUACUCCAUUUCAGUAUAUUUCAUUCCGGUUCAUUCCGAUCUAGUGAUUCAAUCCAAACUGAUGUUACAUAUAUGUGAAUAUAAAUAAGAAAACUGUUUGACACUGACACAUUCCUAACAUAUUCUAAAGAAAUAAAAAAUUACUUCUGUAUGGCAUGCCAGCUAUUGGAGACUGGAUUGGCAUUACCUAGAUUCAGGGUUGACUUAUCUAUCCCAUUUACUGAUUGGUUAACUCAUAGCCACAUGUUAUAUCUAACCCAUUUUAUCAUGAAAAUAUAAGACCAUUCUACAAAAUAAGACAAAACCAUAAGGCAAUACUGAGUGGAAUAUAGAUCUGCUCCAAGUUAACCAAAACUACUCAAGAUUAUUAAUACUUCACUAUUUCAGCAUUCAGGGAAAUGGAGGCAAAACCAGAUGGUUGUGUGAGUGAACUGAAGAAUGAACUGAUUGAAAUGCUUAAAGGAGUGGUUGUUCCAGAAUUGUCUGGAAUCCAUGAACAAUACAUAUACAAAGUACCACCAAGAAUUCGCCAAGCUAAUCCACAAGCUUAUACACCUCAAGUCAUUUCCAUUGGUCCUUUUCACAGUCCACAUGGUUCAACUAGUGACAACAUUUUGCACCAAAUGGAACAACUCAAACUCAAAUAUCUCAAAGGGUUUCUAAAUAGAACAAACCUGUCUCUGGAUGAUUUAGUUUCCAAAUUUCAAGAGUGGGAAAAUAGAAUCAGAAAUUGUUAUGCAGGGCUUUUUAGCUUUAACAGCAAAGAUUUCUUAAAAAUCAUUAUAGUUGAUGCAUGCUUCAUAAUUGAACAUUUUCUUAGGUUUUUUAGAUACAAAAAUUGGAUGCAAAAUGACCCUAUAUUACUAAAACCUUGGUUACUUAGUGACAUUAAACGCGACUUAGUACUCCUUGAAAAUCAGCUACCAUUUUUUGUUCUUGAAGAUAUAUACAAAUUAGCUAGCCUAAACCUUGAAUUUCCUUCCUUUCUUACAAUUAGUAUAUAUUAUUUUCAACAAUUCAACCAACAGAACAUGAAUUCAGGAAGAGUACAAUGUCCAAAACACUUCACAGAUCUGUUAAGAACAUUUUUGCUGCCGUCAUCAUUUGAUUUUGUACAAGAAGAACUGGGAGAUGCAAUUGAACAUGUAUACAGUGUGAGUCAAUUAUCAGAAGCAGGAUUAGUAUUUGAAGCAAGUGAAAGUAAAUGCUUACUUGACUUGAAUUUUGAUGACAAGGGUGUACUGAAAAUGCCAUGUUUUCAUGUCCAUGAUACAACAGAGAUAUACAUGAGGAAUAUAUUAGCAUUUGAAGAAUGCCACAUUUCAGAUCAAGAUUCAUGUUACAUUUCUCAGUACUUGAGUAUCUUAGAUUUUCUUAUUAAUACAGAAAAAGAUGUGAGCAUCUUGGUUGAUAAGAAAAUCAUUGUGAAUUGGAUGGGUGAUGCUAAUGCAGUGGCUGCAAUGGUUAACAAUCUUUGCAAAAAUGUUUCAAUGCCUACACUGAAUUCAAAAUAUAUAUCUAUAUGUUAUAGGUUAAAUGGUUUCUAUGAAAACCCUACCAAUAAAUAUAAGGCUAUAUUUAUACAUGAGUACUUCAACACUCCUUGGAAAAUAGCAUCUACUGUAACUGCUGUGUUGCUGCUUUUGUUUACUCUUAUCCAGGCUGUAUGUUCAAUCUGCUCACUUUAAUAAUGUAUUGGAAAGGAUAACUCUUAUUGUCUAACAAGUUACAAGUUGAUACAAGAUUGAUGAUUUUCUUCAUACCACUUUGUUUCAUAUUGUUCAAUGUUUAUCUCUUCUCAUCCCACAUUCCAAAUUUA